AUGGGGACGGUGGCGGGUCCCCCCCAGGACCCCAGCCCCGAGGGACAUUACCAGUUCCGCAUCAUCGUGCUGGGGGACGCGGCCGUGGGGAAGUCAUCACUGCUGCGCUGCUUCGCGGAGGGCCCGGCCGGGGGGCCAGCAACCCCCUGCCCCGCAGCCCCCUGCCCCACCGUCGGCGUGGAGUUUUACAGCCGCACCGUCCCGCUGCUGCCCACCGGCAAGGCCAAGCUGCAGCUCUGGGACACGGCCGGCCAGGAGAGGUUCAGAUCCAUCACCAGGUCCUUCUACCGGAGCGCAGCGGGGGUGCUGCUGGUGUUCGAUCUCACCAACCGAGCAUCCUUUGAGCACGUCCUGGAGUGGUACCACGAAGCCGCCGGGGAGCGGCCCCCCGCCUUCCUCCUGGUGGGACACAAGUGUGACCUGGUGGCUGAGCGAGCUGUGUCGGCGGAGGAAGCCGGGCACCUCGCCACCACCCUGGGCAUGGCCUUCGUGGAGACCUCAGCCCGCACCAACUGCAACGUGGAGCUGGCCUUCCAGAUGCUGGCGGGGAGCAUCCAGCAGGCGCUGGGCCAGGGGCCCCUUGCCCCUCACCGCGGCUGCGGUGGCAUCAGGCUCAUCACCAGCCAGCGCUGCCACCCGCCCCCGGCAUGGGGAGAGCCCCAGGAGCGCUGCCAGUGCUGAUGAGGACAGGGGGGACAGGGGACCCUCCACCAGUGGGGAUGUUCCUCUCCCUGCUCGGCACCCUGCAGCCCCCUGCCAUUGGGCAGCCUUGGGGCUGCGUCUCCACUCUGGCUCAGCUUCACUUCAAGCCUGAAUUUGGGGGCU